AAAAAAAAAAAAAAGCUUUUUUUUGUUUGUUUUGAUUUUUUUUCCUCCUCUGCUCCCACGCAGCAUGCAGGCCACGCAGCCCCACCCUCUUCUGCCCGACUCCCUCAGGAUAUUUUUAGCGCUGAUGAUGUGCCCUGUCAAAUCACGUAACGGAAACAACAUGAAAAGAGAGAAAGAGGGCAGAGCUGCUGGCGAGAGGAGGCUUCACUGACAUCUGCAGCAGAAGAGAAGAAAGGAAGGCAGAGGAACCCUGAUGAGAUGAGAGCUGAGAUCCAUUUGGUGAUCUGCGUGUUGGUGGUGUUUACCGGAUCACCGCAGACUGGAGGUCAGAGCCAUGCUUUGCCUGCUGCAUCUAUUGCAUCCUCAUCCCCGGCUCCUACAGAGACCCCUCCACCAACUGAGGGGACAGAGCCCACGAUGACAGAGGUUCCACAGCGGACACAACAUGUUGCAGGCAGGAAUGAAACCUUGAGUGAUCCCACAGUCCCUGCCUCUACAGAAAGGAUGGUUGAACGGGAGACAUCAGCAGAUGCAGGACACUUGCACGUCUCAAGUUCCACUAAAGCUACAUCUCAGAGUACAAAUACAACUCCAUCCCUGUCAGCUGCCGCAGUCAACCUUUCCUCCACGCCGACCGCUCUGAGCUCCACCUCUCAUCAGGCUACCGGUCACAUAGAUCUGCUGACCAGCAAGACUGUCUCCACCGUUUCAUCUCCAACAGGACAGACUGCGAGGGAGGAAAGCUCCACUUCCCUUACUUCUACCAUGCAGCCACAAUCUGCAGUCACCACACAUACAACAGCUCUGUCUCAGACCUUAGCCUUCGUUUUGGCCCCAGUGGGACCCACACACAGGGAGUUUCCAUCUGAGCUGAACAUCGGAGAUGAAGACCUGAAGGGGUCCCACCACAGCUCCAGCUCUCCUCUGGACCCUCUGCUAGCCAGUCUGUUAUCAGUGUUCAUUGCUGCCACAGCCGUCGUCUUCGCCGUUCUGUUCUUGAAAUUCCGCAAGAGGAUGAACAACCCUGAGUUCCAUCGACUGCAGGACCUUCCCAUGGACGAUUUGAUGGAAGACACGCCCCUCUCCCCGUACGCCCACUGAUGGAUGCUCCUGUCCGUUCCUUCACUUGCACCCUGCAGAGAACAUAUGCAGAUCAAGCAACUAAGGCCAUGUUGGAAGAAACAUGACCUUCAAAGGAGCUUUUUCUCAUUUAUUAACUUCUCUGUUUAAGACUCACUGGAGAACAGAUUUAGUUAUUUAGUUAUUGUUGUUUAAAUCAAAGGUUUUAGAGUCACUUAAUAUCUGUUCCACAUUCCCUUCUUAUUCCUGACGACUUAAAUCUUUCAACCAAACCUGAAAUUUGUGGCAUCUUUGCACAAAUAACGUUUUUAAUGUGACAGAAGACUGCCCUCUAGUGGACAUGGAAGAUAAUGUAGAUUCAUGCAUAAAAACAAACACCUCAGGUCAUUUAGUAUUAAAUAUGACAUAUACAUUGUAUAUACAUAUACAAUGUGAUGAGGAUGAGAUGCUGUCCAUACAGACUGAGAAAUUUCACUUGAGAUGCUUUAGGUGACCAAGUAGAAGUAAAGUGCACUUUCAAAUCAAACUGCUGCCUUAAAGCUGCAUGAUGUAGAAACUCCACAAAUAAAAAGAUUUCCACUUUUCAGUAUUAAGUCAUACACACCAGUAACCUCAAAAUUAGUAAAUUAGGGAAUGUGUGAAGGUGUUUAAUGUUGCAAAAUAGAUCCUGAGUAUUGACGGUUGUUCCUUAGAUUGAAUGUUAAAUGUGCCGAAGCUCCUUGAGAAAUAAACCUGCUAUAAAAAUCUAAGUGCUGUCAGCAUAUGAGAAGUUUUUUAACCUUGAUGAGUUUUUUUUUUCCUUGUCUGUUUCUGUUAAAGUGCCAUAAACUUCCUGGAUUCAAGCGUGUUUAGCAAAAAGCAUUCAUACCCGUUUAACUUUUUUCUCAUUUUGUCAUGCUACAAACCACAAACGGCGAAAAUUUGACAAAAGAAAGGAUUCAGUGCGCUUUAAUUCCUUUAAAUAAAGUCAAGUAAGUAAAUAAAACCCAGAUCAACUUAAUUUACAAGUGAUCUCUUUAGU